GGAGGCUCUCACAGAUAACUAUGGCAGUGUGAUGCCGGUGGACUGGAGUCAGUCUAAAGCUCGCUCACUUCACCUCUCAGCGCUGAGCAUUGAGGACAGACCGCGGAUGGAGAGUGUGAACCUGGACCUGUCUGAUGAUGAGGACCUGAGGGAGCAGAUGGACAUGCACUCCAUCAUCGUGUCCUGCAUCAAUGAGGAGCCGCUGCUCACUGCUGAACAGGUGAUUGAGGAGCUAGAGGAGCUCAUGCAGGACUCCCCAGAGAUAGAAUCGGCGCAGAUCGCUCCACACUCAGACCUCUCGCUCAUCUCUCAGAAGACGCAGAGGUCUCACAGCAGCCAGAUCUCCGAGGAGCGAGUGAGGCUGAUGUCUGCGCUGGAGCUGAACGACGAGCUGGAGGACGUGGAGACGGCCAUACGCAGGUAUUCAGAGGAGCUGAUCCAGCAGCUGGCCAUCAGAGAUGAGCUGGAGUUUGAGAAGGAGGUGAAGAACAGCUUCAUCGCGGUUCUCAUAGAUGUACAGAACCGGCAGAAGGUCCACCGAGAGAUGUUGAAAAAGAAGAGGAAAGUGAAGAGCGCGUCUGCAUCAGAGAGGCUGCCGUCUUCUCGCUUCAGCAUGGAGGGAAUCUCUUCUGCCAUUCAAAACGGCUUUCGCCACACUUUUGGCAAUGUGCGCGGGGAGAAACAGUAUGUAACAACAGUCAUCCCUUACGAGAGAAAAGACGGACCACCGUCACUCCAAGACCUUCAGAUUUUUACCAAAAUUUUAGAAGCCAUGAGAGAUGACAGCGAUAAAGUCCCAAGCCUCCUCACAGACUACAUCCUCAAAGUGCUCUGUCCUACCUAGAGAGAGACUCGUCUCUGCAGCGUUCCUGGAGGGAGUUACUCACUGUGUUCCUCAGAUUUCUCACUGCAUGAUG